AUGUCGCUGUCGGAUCUCUUCAACGUCUCGCGCGCGGUCCGUCGCGAUAAAGCUCGGGAGCAGGACCUGCUGCCUACCCCUACAUCAGCUCGGGGGAUCUCGGCGCGACUAUGCAAUAUCUGCUACACCACUGCAGCCUCGUAUACUUGUCCCAAAUGCAACAUCCCCUAUUGCUCGCUCGCGUGCUUCCGCAGCUCGGAGCACGAGCAGUGCUCGGCUGCCUUUUCAUCAGUUGCUGUGCGAGGCGCCUCGGAGUCAUUAGCCAGUGAGACGAACGAUGGCGAUCGCCGCAAAGUCUUUGACAUGCUCCAUCGUCUCCAAGCGGAUGAAACUUCAGCUCGGGAGAGUCAUCUACGCGACUCCGACAGCGAAAGCGAGGACACGGAGGCAGAAGCUGAAGAUGCACUGCGGCAGGCAGCGGUCACAUCCGAGCAGGUCGAAGCUGCAUCCACCGACGAGCUUCUGGCAAUGCUCACCGAAAAGCAAAAGGUCAAGUUCCUCAAUGCGAUGAAGAGUCAACAGUCAGCUACAAAGCUUAUGCGUCACUUGGACCAGAAAGCGGCUCGACACACGAGCGCGAGUUCAAGCCGGGAGUCGGAGGGUGCAGUGACGCUGCCGCGCUUGGAAGCUCAACCGCCGCAAGCUAGCGCUCGACAAAGCUCUUCAUACCAGGCCACUCCGUGGUUCAAGAAGCCGGAUGCGUUCAUCGAUUUCACCGGCCGGUCGGAGGAGCAAGUGUCUUCUUUCGUCGACACGCUCACCAAGCUCGCCGCUGCGAAGCCUUCCGGAUCUACCGCAACGAACGCGCGUCCAGCGCUGGAUCUUCGAUACAAUCUGUGUGCGGUUCUCAUGACCUACGCUUACGUCCUCCGCCACCUGGACACGACUAAUCUCUCCGAGCUCACCCGGCCGCACAAGGAUCCAACAAUUCCAGCGACCUCCGACACGGACCGCCUACGCUCGAUCAUCCCGCCAGUCUUCCAGGAUACCUUUGGCGACAUGGACGACGACGGUCCACCGCCACUCGAGCCCGACAUUCCAGAACCUGCUCCUCCAGCGCCGUCUAUACCCACCUCGACAUCUCCGCGUCUUCCUCAUCAGAGCGUCUCACCACCCAGCCUCGACGAUGUCCACACCGCCCACGCGGCGUUAGAUAAGCUCCGCACUCUUGCGCCCUUUCUCUUCUCGCACACUGCGCGCGGCGGGUCCAGCCCGCCCCAUGACAAGAGCACGACCGUCCUCCCCACGCUCGAAGAUGCCUCGCUUUGGAUCCUCUCACACCUCUCGUUGGACACCGAAGUCGGACCAGGCGGUGCGGACGCGCUCGCUCUUCAGCUGCUCGAAGACCUCGCCUCCAUCCUGGCCAUCGAGCGGCUCGUUCCCAGCCUGGACUCCGGCGACCCCGUCGAGCCACGACACUGGCUCGUUUCCCGCUUCACAGCGUUGCAGCCCGAGACCGCCUUCUCCAUCGCCCAGUCGCCGUCGUUGCUCAGUGCCGUCGCGGAUCUGUACUUCUUCCUCGACGCUUUAGCUUCAGACGGCCGCGACAGGCUCGAGCCUUCCGUGCAAAAGUCUCUCAAGCUGACCCAGCGCAAGCUCUGCUUCUACCUCAGCAACGCCCUCUUCCGCAAGCAGAAGUCCAGCGAGCCGACGACCAGAGACCUUCAGCAGGAACUGCAGUACGCGCUCGAAUUAACACGCCGCCGCAUCGACGCCACCAGAGACGCAGAAAAGCUCACCAGCGCACUCUCGCUGAUGGGCAGCGACGGCGCGGCAACAACAUCCGACAUCCGCCUUCCAGUUCGAGACGGAAGCUCAUCCCCCGUCAACACUCGUAUCUAG